UUUUAUUGUUAAAGGAAUUCGAAAUAAUAUUGCAAGUGAAUUAAUGGAGCAUGGAAACAUUAUAUUGAAAAAAUGUAAACAGUUAGUUCCUGAUAUCAAAGAAUUAUUUAGAUCAUUAUUGCUUUCGAUUGACGAUGAUGAAAAAAUGGAAUUUUGUGAUUCUUUGCUUACACAAGUGACAGCAAUUAAAAAUGAAAAAAACGAUGAAGAUUUUUUAGCCUGUUUGAUGCCACGUAUAAAAUUAUUUGUUUUAGUUAUACACAUCUUAACAGCUCGUGUAGCGGCAACAUCGACUCAGGAGGCUUGUCAAAAAAUGAAAGAAUACAAAUUAAUAGAAAAAUGGACUAUAUUACUAUUAAGCUUGUUAUGUGACGUUAGAGUACAUCGUAAUGGUGGCGGCGCAAAGAAUUUUGAAUCGAUAUUGGAUGUUGUUUCAUUUUUGUUAGACGAAAUGGGUAAAAAUGCAAGGUUAUUGAUUAGAACACAUAUACACACAUUCCAAAUACCAAUAACAUGGGGUGAUAGGAUAAAACGAGUAUUGCCAUUGCCUGCGACCCAAAAAACCGUGGGCAGUGGUAAGAGAAAAUUUACAAUAAGUGAUUGCCGGAAUUUAUACGAAAGAGUUGAUGACGAUUCUGGUAUAAACAAUUCUUAUAUUGAUCUUAAAAUUUACGGAGCAAAAAUAUAUAAAAGGCCAAGAAUUCGAUUUGAAAAGGAAGAAGAAUUAGGAAAUGAUGAUUUAUUUGCAAAGAUCGAAAAGGUUUAUUUAGGUGAUUUAAUCCCUUAUCUACCAAAUAGUUUUCAUAGAGAUCAAUUUGAAAAUAUCAAAGAAUUGCAUUAUGUUAAUACAGAUUCGUCUGGAUUAUUGAAUAAUUUGUUGGAUUGUUAA